AUGUCCAGCACACCACAUGACCCCUUCUAUUCUUCUCCUUUCGGACCGUUCUAUAGGAGACACACACCCUAUAUGGUACAACCAGAGUACCGAAUCUAUGAGAUGAACAAGAGGCUGCAGUCCCGCUCCGAGGACAGCGACAACCUCUGGUGGGACGCGUUUGCCACCGAGUUUUUUGAAGAUGAUGCCACAUUAACCCUUUCAUUUUGUUUGGAAGAUGGACCAAAGCGAUACACUAUUGGCAGGACCCUCAUCCCUCGUUACUUUAGCACUGUGUUUGAAGGAGGGGUCACUGACCUCUACUACAUCCUCAAACACUCGAAGGAAUCCUACCACAACUCGUCCAUCACAGUGGACUGCGACCAGUGCGCAAUGGUCACCCAGCACGGGAAGCCCAUGUUUACCAAGGUGUGUACAGAAGGCAGACUGAUUUUGGAGUUCACCUUUGACGACCUCAUGAGAAUAAAAACGUGGCACUUUACCAUUAGACAAUACAGAGAGUUAGUCCCAAGAAGCAUUCUAGCCAUGCACGCACAAGAUCCUCAGGUCUUGGAUCAACUGUCCAAAAACAUCACCAGGAUGGGGCUGACAAAUUUCACCCUCAACUACCUCAGGUUGUGUGUAAUACUGGAGCCAAUGCAAGAACUGAUGUCCAGACAUAAAACUUACAACCUCAGUCCGCGAGACUGCCUGAAGACCUGCUUGUUUCAGAAGUGGCAGCGGAUGGUGGCACCGCCAGCAGAACCCGCCAGGCAACCGACGACCAAACGAAGGAAACGGAAAAACUCCACCAGCAGCACCUCCAACAGCAGCGCAGGCAACGCCGCCAACAGCGCCGGCAGCAAGAAGAAGACCGCGGCCGCCAACCUGAGUCUGUCCAGUCAGGUACCUGAUGUGAUGGUGGUAGGAGAGCCAACUCUGAUGGGAGGUGAGUUUGGGGACGAGGACGAAAGGCUAAUCACUAGAUUAGAAAACACGCAGUAUGAUGCGGCCAACGGCAUGGACGACGAGGAAGACUUCACCAAUUCACCCGCCCUGGGGAACAGCAGCCCAUGGAGCAGUAAACCUCCGGCCACUCAAGAGACCAAAUCAGAGAACCCCCCGCCCCAGGCUUCCCAGUAA